GAUUUGUCCUCUUUAUCCAGCUGUGUCUUUCCUACUUUGUUUUUGUUUUUGAGCCAGCGGAUUGCUUAACUGUAUCAUGCGAGUGAUUGAACUUGUGCCCUAGGCAGCGUCACCCCUUGGAUGCUGACAGAGGCGGCAGCAUGCAGACCAUAAAGUGUGUGGUGGUGGGCGACGGCGCGGUGGGCAAGACCUGUCUGCUCAUCUCCUACACCACCAACGCCUUCCCCGAGGAAUACAUCCCCACCGUCUUCGACAACUACAGCACGCAGGCCAGCGUGGACGGCCGUGCCGUCAGCCUCAACCUGUGGGACACGGCGGGCCAGGAGGAGUACGACCGCCUGCGCACCCUCUCCUACCCGCAGACGCACGUCUUCAUCAUCUGCUUCUCCAUCGGCAGCCCCUCGUCGCACGCCAAUGUGCGGCACAAGUGGCACCCGGAGGUGUCCCACCACUGCCCUGGCGUGCCCGUGCUGCUGGUGGGCACCAAGAAGGACCUGCGCUCGGACCGCGAGGCCGUGGAGAAGCUGAAGGAGCAAGGGCUGGCGCCCACCACCCCGCAGCAGGGCACGGCGCUGGCGCGCCACAUCGGCGCCGUCAAGUACCUGGAGUGCUCGGCGUUGCUGCAGGAGGGCGUUAGGGAAGUGUUUGCGGAGGCCGUCAGGGCCGUGCUCUACCCCGUCACCAAGAAGAACCCCAAGAAGUGCGUGCUCUUAUGACUGACGUGUGAUGUGGGUGUAUGUUUGUUGCGUGUUGUGUGGUGGUGGGGGUCAUCGUGGAGUGACCAACUCCACCUGGCCCAAUCCGACCCGACGUUGUCUUUUGGAAGAAAAUGGAGAAGCACAUGUGAAGGAUGAUGAUGAUGAUGAUGAUGAUGCUACAAUUGUGUUUGAGUGUAUGCGUGCAUGUGUGUAUGUGAAUGGGUGUGUCCAUUUCUACCGGCAAAAA